UAAACAUCUAUUUAACGGAAAAAGUUCGGACCGUGUCUUAUUGGAAUUACAGUGCCAUACAUACAUACUAACAUAUAUGUGUACACAGCGCCGUAGUGAAAAAACUAAUUCUUUUUUUAUCAGAAUAAAAUCAAAUUAAUAACAGGAAAAUUUAACUAAACUACAAAAAUUACCUGUAAUCACUGAAAUUAGAAAUAUUGGUCACCAAAUAAGCAAAUUAAUAAUGUGUGAAUAAUAGUUUUUACUGAUAAAAAUAAAUUAAAUAAUCAUGUUCCCUAAAGGGGUACAAAUGGCUGAGUGAAAAUAAAGAAAAAGAAGUAGCAGCUUAAUUGUUUACUGUGCAAGGGAGGGGUACUGGGAAAAUGUUUAUCAUUAACUACACUCAGUAUAUUGUUUCAAGUGUUUUACUAAAUAAACAAUAAAUUCAUAUUUUAUAACAAGUAAUUUAAGAACAUACUUCUCAAGUGCAAACGAAGACGAUUUUCAAUAAAGACCUACGCAGCCAAACGAUUUAAGGAUCUCAUUAAAUAUGAAUUUUUGAAGACAAAAAAUCACUAUUUCGAAAACUAGAUACGGUUUGUGAAAUAGGCUCAGCAUUGGAUAUUGUUUACUGAAAGCCUAAACACUGCAUAUAACCAUGUAUAGGAUAUCGGAGGGAGAGAAGAAUCAAUCACAGGCCACAACACCAGAUUUAGAUGAUUCGAUAAGUUUUUCCGAUGAUGUGAUUCCAGAUGUUGACGUUGAUGUCGACGUGGAAUCUGUUGCCACCAGAAAACCACACUUUUUAGACUAUGAUGCUGUGCCACCACCAGAUUUUAUAGAACAUUUUGAUAGGGCCAUGAACUUUGGCAGUGCAACAACAACUUCAGCAAAAUCAAUUUCACAAUCUAGCAAUGUGAUUAGCAGUGGUGGAGGUGCAGGUGGCGGCAGUGGAGAACAGCUCAAAUUGGACAAGAAAUACGAAAGAGAUGGUGAAAUUAGCGAUUAUGAAUUGGCAGCUAGUGGUUAUACCAAAAAGGAAUUUACCCAAGAUGACAAUACAUUGAAUAUUACCUCGGCUUUAUCUGCUAAUGUUGGUAAACCGAGAAAGCAUUUCUUGGAUGAGAAUCCAAUACCACCCGACUACAUGUUAAAUGAUCAUCAAAUGCGUGAACAUCGUAGUUUAGAUCGCAACUUUGAAAGGCACAACGAGCAGAGGUCGGCAUUGGAUUUACAUGCAAAUUUGCCAGGCUUUCGUUCUUCAAGAGAACGAUUUAAGGAUAUACCAGCUAUAAAUCGCCUACCCAAAGGCGCGGCUUGGACCCAAAGUUUUGAUAGUCGCUAUGAUAGUAAUUUAUCAACAGAUAAACUGGAUGAUUUUGGCCCCAAAGUCGAAUGUGUUUAUUCGUUACUUUCGAUGUUGGGUUCGAAUGAUCCUCUAGAGAUGUCUAAGAAAUUUCACGAACUCUCAAAAACUCCCGAAACAUGCAACACAUUAAGAAGAUCGGGUUGUAUACCUCUUCUGGUACAAAUGAUACAUGCUGAAGGUGGGCCAGAUGAACAAAGAAAGUGGGCUGGAAUGGCUCUGCAUAAUGUAGUGCAUUCCCAUCCCGAUGAGAAAUCAGGACGCCGUGAGGCCAAGGUAUUAAGGUUGUUGGAUCAAAUUAUGGACUAUUGCAAUUUUUUGCGUACUCUACUGCAAAGUGGUGGUGAGGCAAUAGCUGAUGAUGCUGACCGUCAUCCACUGGCUGCCAUGUCCUCGUUAAUGAAAGUUAGUUUCGAUGAGGAACAUCGUCAUGCUAUGUGUGAAUUGGGUGCCUUGCAGGCCAUACCCAGUUUGGUACAUCUGGAUCAUGCCGUGCAUGGUCCGAAACCAGAAAAUCAAUGCUGUAAUUCUCUACGAAGAUUUGCCUUGAUGGCUUUGACUAACCUUACAUUUGGCGAUGAAAACAAUAAGGCUUUGCUUUGUAGUCAAAAGCUAUUCAUGGAGGCGCUGGUCGCUCAAUUAGAUUCCGCUCCUGACGAUUUACUUCAAGUAACCGCCAGUGUUUUGCGCAAUUUGUCAUGGAGGGCUGAUGCCCAAAUGAAAGCAGUUCUUAAUGAAAUUGGCACUGUGACAGCUUUGGCUAAAGCAGCUAUGAAAAAUAAAUGUGAAAAUACUCUCAAGGCUAUAUUGUCGGCCUUAUGGAAUUUGUCUGCACAUUGCAGUACCAACAAGGCGGAAUUUUGUGCUGUUGACGGUGCUCUCUCCUUCAUUGUUCGCAUGUUGACCUAUGAAGGUCCCAGUAAGACUUUGAAAAUUAUAGAAAAUGCUGGCGGUAUUCUAAGGAAUGUUUCCAGCCACAUAGCCGUUAGAGAAGAUUAUCGCCAAAUCCUAAGGGAGCACAAUUGCUUAUCGAUAUUGUUGCAACAAUUAAAAUCGGAAAGUCUAACGGUGGUCAGUAAUUCAUGUGGCACCUUGUGGAAUUUAUCAGCACGUUGUCCUGAAGACCAACGGUUUCUUUGGGAUAAUGGUGCAGUGCCAAUGUUAAGAUCUCUAAUACAUUCAAAACAUGCUAUGAUUUCUGAGGGGAGUGCUUGCGCUUUAAAAAACCUUUUGAACUUUAGACCCUCAUCACAAAACACAAACCAUAUGGAUAAUAUUGCGAGAUCUUUGAAUUUGAAAAAGUUACCCACACUGAAUGUGCGUAAGCAGAAGGCCUUGGAGCAGGAACUGGGAGCAGCUUCAAAAUCGCAUAGUGAAACUUGUGACAACUUGGAUUCAAUAAAUCCCAAAGACAGGCCUACAUAUGAUGCAUCAGCUGCCAUGGGCUCAUCCAUACAACGGCAUCGCUUCCCUUUACAUGGCGCUCUAGGAUCAGUUGUGGGGGGCGUUGUUGCCAGUGGGGCCUCUGGUCGUCUAACACGUUCCGCUAUGCUUACAAAGAGUGAAAGCCGCGAUUCAGUGUUCUCUGCCAAAUCAGAUGGUGCUGUUUAUGAUCAUCUUAUGAGAUCACACUCAGCUUCUGAUGCCAAUAGAAAAUUAAAUCACAAUUCUAGAGCACAACCUCCAACUUCAUACCCAUUAGAAGGAGACGUGGAGCCCUCAGAAGAACAACCAAUAGACUAUUCACAAAAAUACAAAGAACUUAUUACAAAACACAACGAUCACCGAGAAGACGAAGAGAAUUGUCCGGCCACCUACCAGGAAACCGAUUUAGAUCAGCCUACAGAUUUUAGUUUACGCUAUGCUGAAAACCAGCUCGAAAGUUAUAUAGACUUAUCGCCACCCGUGGGCAGUGAAACAUCUGGUAUUGUCACCGAUGCUCGAGUGAAUUUAGCUGUGGUGGCACAGCAACAGUCUAAGCCAAGAUCAGAUAAUAACGCGGAAGGUAAUGAAAUAUUGUUAAUACUAGAAGACAGUGUAAAAUGUUAUCAAACCGAGGACACUCCUUACGUUAUAUCAAAUGCAGCAUCUGUAACUGACUUGAGAUCUGUGCCAGCGUCAGCGAAAAUUGAAGAAAAUGACUUGCCGUCAGGCUUGGAUAACUCCGAAGCAACAUCAACGAGCGGGGCAGCACAAAUACCGUCACGCAAAUUUAGCCGAGUUAAUCCCCAUCAUCAGGCGGCUCAACAUUCAAGCAAUCCGUAUGGUUCAGGUUCUUAUACCCCCGAAAAGCCGGUUAAUUAUUGUGAGGAAGGUACACCGGGUUAUUUCAGUCGUUAUGAGUCAUUAAGUAGUCUGGAUGAAUCACCACCACAGGGAGAACAUUCACAAAAAGAUGUGCAAAGAGUGUCUGGUAAGACAGGAGAGAACAAUCUAAGUUCACUUUCGAAAACUAGUAGUAGCGAUGCCGAUAAAUCUACAUCUCCGCCCGAACCACCAGCUAUGCCGCAAACUCCCCAAAUAAAUUCAGCUUUAGAAACACCUUUAAUGUUUUCUCGACGCUCAUCGAUGGACUCAUUGGCGGAAGAAGAUGUCGGGCCAAUAGAUGAUAAAAGCUCAGUGGUUAGUGAUUUUAGCCGUUUGGCUAGUGGUGUUAUAUCACCCUCAGAAAUUCCCGAUUCUCCCACACAAAGUAUGCCCCAAUCACCCAGACGAAAUUCAGGUUCAGGCGCAGCUUCAACCGCAUGUUUUUCAGCCGGUGUUUCACCCAACACACAACGCAUACAAAAUCGAACAGGAGAAACUAGCAAAAGAUGUUUACGCAGUGUAUUUGAGGAUGACCUCAAUACUUUUAAUGUGGAAAAUACACCAGCUCAAUUUUCUACUUCUACUAGCUUAAGUAAUUUGUCCAUCUUGGAUGAAGAAUCUUCCAAUCAAUCACCACCUCAACAACAGCAACAGUCACUUCCGCCUACAACGAACACGAUUUCCGAAGGCGAAGAAGAGGAGGAUGCAAAUGAGAAUAAUGAUGAUUUAUUAUUGGCUUCCUGCAUCAAUAUAGGCAUGAAUAGGGCUGCCAUUCCGUCAACGUAUUCACAAAAUACGGACACUACCUCAUCGAUCAACCAUCCAACUGGGCUGACACACGAUGAACCACGACAAUACUAUACCGAAGAUACUCCGGCUUUACUCUCGAAAGUUGGCAGUAAUACAAAUCUUUCGGCGAUUUCGAUAUGCUCUAGUAAUAAUGACCCCAAAGAGGAUACUGUCUACGAAGUUUUGGGUUGUUCUUCAGGCAAUACUACACGCACUCACCAUAACCACUCCAUUAAUAGACGUUCUUUGAAUUUAUCAGAUGAUAUGUCGUCAAAUGCAUCAGAGAGUGGUGCGGGUGGCAUUGAUAUAUUGCAGCAAUGCAUACGAGAUGGCAUGCAAAAACCAUCGACCAAAGAAAAAGUCGAAUUACCCACACAUCCCAUGUCCUCGAACCUUAUGGAUCCCAUAGCCAUGAUGCGUAGAGGUGGUAAUAUAUUGCCGCCCUUUGUUCCUGUAAACGAUGAAAUGAAUAAAUAUCGUGUUGAAGACAGUCCCUGCAAUUUUUCUGUCAUGUCUGGUCUAUCAAAUCUUACUGUGGGCUCAAGUCUGGUUGGACCAGCCGUAAUAUUACAAGGAGCGUCAAAUGUAACGCCUAAUAAUAUUGAAAUACCAGCUCCAAAUAAAAAAAAUACGCAACCUGCUGCUAUGGCACCAGUUAUGAAGCGUGAUGAUAAACCUCACUUGUCUGCUGCACCUGUAGAGGAUGUUAGAAGGGAACCCCAAUGGCAUGAUGAUUCCUUGAGCUCUCUAUCAAUUGAAUCAGAAGAUGAUACGAACCUAUUAAGUCAGGCUAUUGCCGCUGGUUGCAAUAGACCAAAAUCGAAUUUGGGUUUUACAACCGCAUUGACGUCAACUGGUAAACAUACAACAACCUCGCUAUCAUCAUCCCAACCGAUACCAAUAAACACAGCAACCUCGACAUCCUCUUUGACAUCCCAAGCUACAGCACGCAAUUUUGAAAAGCAACAUCACCAUCAUCAACUGCAGCAUCAACAGAUUAUUGACAAACACAACUAUCGAGAUCCUUUACAAGCUGGAAACGAGUCAUACAGCUCAGUGGACUCAAGCGAUUCUAAUGAUAAUCAAUCAAAAUCAUUGUUUGAACUUUGCAUACUGACGGGCAUGCAUAAAAACCGAGAUUCAAAUAUGGUGGGCUCCUCUGGUGGCAGUACAACUUCUCGUAAACAUACCAGAAGUGUGCAAUCACAUCGUUUGAAAUCAGGCCACCCAGAACAUAAUACGACCCAAUCGAAUCCCAACUUGAAACAGUUCGAUUCAUUACCAAUGCAAGGCAAACAAAUAACACCGAAUCGUCAUGUCCGGGAACGGGACCGAAGAGAUGAAAAGCUCUUAAUGGAAUGCAUAAAUACAGGAAUAAUGAAAAAGAUUGGAGAAUCGAAUAAGCAAACAUCACUACUGACCCGUGAAGCUUUAGUUUUACAUAAUACACAGCCAAAAAACGGGCAGGCUACGUCUGCAGCUGCUCAAAUGGAAGAAACAACUCACCCAAUAAGUGCCAAAUACAUCAACAACACUCACAACUCCUCCAUUACCACAGCCAACACCAUCAUCACCACCACCAACAUCAGCACCACCACCAUCACAGCAGCUCCAGGCGUAGAGAAGAAAGACAACCACACCUUAGUCCCAGAGACUUUGAACAAAAUACAACACCAGCAGCAACAGAUCAACAUCAGCAGCACCACCAGUCCAGACGACGACAUAAAAGAUCCAAAAAAUCCCAACAUAUACCAACAACAGCGACAACAGGAGGAGGAGGAGGUGGAGAAUCUAACUCGUCAAGCAGACGUAAAUCUUCAAAAUCUCGGGAACGUUCCCGAGACAAUGAAAGGUAUUGGGUGUAAAUAUGAGAUUGAUAAUUGCGAUUCAUUGGGAAACGAUGGCAACACAACACAAAGCGAUGAAUCCAAUCAAUCAUUUAUAAUGGAAACAACCGUUUCUUUGGAAGCCAAACAAGCAGAAUGUACAAGUUCCUUAAAUAAUUGCACCGGGAAACAUAAAGAUCCCGAUUUAAUGCUGAAAUCAGUAGAACGCCUCACAUUGGAGUUUGUGUCAUCGGCCGAACAAUUAAGAACCAACAGCAACGCGACUGGCAAUGGAACACAAUCUCUAAGCUUAGAUUCUAGUGAAAAUCAAAAGAAAAUUAACUCAUAUCUUAUUGGCACCUGUGGGGGAACUAAUAAUUCAACUUCUAAUAAUACUUGGAAUGAAGAUACUUGUCCCAACGAUGUUAGUUUUCCGAGUGUCAGUGUAACUGCCCCCAAGGUAGCUUCGCUUAGUUACGAUGACGAUGAUGAAGACCAAGCCACCACGGCCGAUUAUAAAGAAUUGAAUGAUUUUGCUGAAAAUACUCCUAUUAAUGAGGAGUUACCAGCUCCGGACAUGUCUUUGGACUUUGAUAACAUUGGCCUACAGCAGAAUGGCUUCUAUUUGGACUCAUCGCAACCAGCAUCCUUGGAUUGUCUCACAGAGACAGAAAAAACGUUGGUAAAUGGCGAGAGUAGAGCUGAAAACUACACUGUAAAAGAGAGUGUGGAAGAAGAGAGCAGCAACGGUUUGCACUUUAAAUUGGGAGGCAUUGUCCAGACAGCUGCCACAGCACCAUCUUUGUUCUUCAAUUCUAAUGCAAUGACAAAUUCUACUUUCAUAGCGCAGGAAGCCAGAAAACUGGCUGCAACUCUACACACUUCCGAUUUAGAAGAAGAGGAGGAAUUAACCUUUAGUAUUACUAGCUUAGAUUUGGAUAACAUAAGACCUCCAUCGGGAAUGGACUCUUUAAAUAUAUCUGGUUACUAUCAAGAUUCAACACAACCGAAUUCACUGCAAAAAAUGGCCAAUUCUCCACACAGUCCACAAAUGUCUUUCAAAUCACCGAAAUUCCCCAGAAAAAUAUUGCCUGCUGGUUUAGUGGCACGAAGGGCUUUGGGACAUAUGCCUCCCCACUUGACGGGCAGUGUAGAAAGUAUAAAUUCAUCUUGUAAUCUUUUGCUGGACAAUAUUAAGCCGCCAUCUUUAAUGGAUGAACUGUUAGAUUCAAUGAUAAGUGUGGCUAGCAUACAAUCGGAAAUAGCCGAUGACUGUCCCAGUAUGGCCACCACAGUGACUGUUUCCAAUUAUGAAACAUGCGCUGGUGGUGAAGAUGGAGACACUGUCACUUUGCAAAGUUGCUGUGAUAAUUAUUUGCUCAAAGAUGAUGAUCACACUUUAAAUGAUGGCAACACAACACCGCUGCCUUCGGACUUUGAUUUCAGUUCGGCCGAAAGUACGCCCAAAAAAUCAGCAGCAGCUUCACCGGCCUCGGGUUACAAAAGAAACCUUACGCCAAAACAAAAGCGAAAAAUAAUCAAAGAUCGCUUUAAAACCUAUACAAUUGAAGCGGACAUGAUCAUUAACGAAGAACUACAAAGAAAAAUGGACGAAGCUCAACAAGAUGAAACUUUGGCUAUUGAAAUAACCAACUUGGAGAGUGAUGAACAGCAACAGCAAUCAGAAAAUGAAGCCCUAAGUACGCCACGUAGUAGAAGGAGAUCUAGUCAGGAUCGUUAUAAAACACAAACCAUAAUCUAUUCGGAUCUACAUUUUAACCAACAAACACAAUUGAGUAGUUUAGAGUCUAAUAAUGAUGGCAUGAUGAGCGACAAUUCCUAUUCUUCCAUCAAAAAUAUGACACAAAAUUUCAAGUUCAUAACAACAGCUACUGCUGAAGCGAAUGCUUUGGCACAGCAGCAACAACAACAGGAAUGUGAAUUAACAAGUUUGGAAUACGACCAAAACUCUGAGACAGAAUCUUGCCAUAACUUCGGCAAUAAUCUAAACUCUCUAACCGAUAACGAAGAUUAUGAAGAAGAACAAAGGGAAGAGGAAGAUCAGGCAGCCGAAACUGCUCGUCCUAGAAUUGUAAAACCCGGUGAUAAAGAUUUAGAGCUAAACAAAUGUAAACAACAGGAAGAACCAGAGAUGGCAAUAGUUAAGGCGGUCAGAGGUGGUAAAAAACCCCAAUAUGUUUCGCCCUACAGCAUAAAGUAUCAAAAGUCUUCUGGGGAAGGCAAGGCAAAUAACACAAAACUGCAAAAUCCCGUCAAUACAAAUUUCCUAAGAAAACGUAAUGGAAAUGGUAAUGUGGCGGCAACAGCAGCGGCAGCUACACAACCUAGUUCAAAUACAAAAUUGGCACAAAAGAAGACGAUUAAUAAGGAGACGGUGGUAAAGAAAUGUGAAACAGAAACUACCACAGCUCCCGCACCUCCUGCGCUAGAACGCCAGGGUACCUUUGUUAAAGAUGAACCAUCAUUAGAUUCAUCCAGUGUUCCAGUGGUGGAUACAAGUCCCACUAAAACAAAAAUAUCAAAAUUACCAACUAAACGACAAACGUCUAACACAGCCAAAUCAGCACAUACAUCACCACAAAAGACAGCAAGUACCAGAAAGUUACCAACUUCCUCUGCCUUGCAAGCGACAAACAAACGCAAUUUGGGCACCAUUACCAAACCACAAAGAGCUAAUAGCACCGUAAACAUACGUGUUACCACAAAUGCGGCCCGCAUAGCGGUUUUAUCUAAUAGAGUGUCUACCACAACUCCACCUUCGCGCAGUAACUCAUCACUAAACUCCGCUAAUGCUGCAGUAACGGCUGCUCAAAAUGCUGCCACUAAAAUAAAUCAAGCCCAAUCUCGUAUAGCGGGUAUAUGGCGUAAAGUGGAUGAGGUUAAAACCAGACAACAGCAAUUAUUACCCUCAAAGAUACUUAAGGGUUCCCAGUUGAAAGCCACUAAGGCGCCACCACAACCGGGUAAGCUAGUACGCAGUACAACAUUCGAUAACACUCCACCACUGGAGGUAAAACCGGUCAAAUCGGUGCCACAACUAAAUGGUACUAAAUUGCCAACAAGUGGUGCUACGAAAAUUGCUAUAACACACAGACAAAUCAGUGCUAGUGCUGCUAAUCGAAAGUAAUUCCAUUUUAAGGUGAUUUUUACUUUUUCAAAUUAAAAAUAAUGUAAACAUAAGAAUAUAAAUUAUUUCCAUUUAAUUAAACUCAUUACGCCAAAAGUUUUGUUAUUCGAAUGUGUUAAAGUGUUUACCAUAGAAAAUCAAUUCAAGUGAAUUUUUAAAUAAUGCCAAUAAUUUAAAAAGUAUUAAAUACAACUUACUGUUUACAAUAUAAUUAUUAUGCUUCGUUUGGAAAUUUUGAUUUUGUAAAGGUGUGUAAAGUGAACACACUGGUUAAUUUUUUUUUAAAUUUUAACUCCUGUUAAUUUUCUACAGAGUUAAAACAGCUGAAUUUAUUUCAAAUCUGAUUUUACCAUACGAUUCUAUAGGAAAAUAUAGGAAAGGAUAAGCUAUUCGGCACUAUUUUAAUGUAUCAUAAAUUUAUUAGAGCGACUGAAAAAAUGCAAUUUUUUGUCGAAAAAAAAAUUAUCUUUUUUAUCACUCCCAAUGAAAAUAUGCAAUCCGCUAAGAAUAGCAGUGUUAAAAUUUUUCAUUUAUUUAUUUAUUUCAUCCAUUUAAAAGUUAUGAAGUAAACUUCCCAGCAAAAAAAAGUGAGGAAAAAGAAGUAGAAAAUUCACCACAACUACUUAAUUUUCAACUAAUUUUUUCUCAUAAUCCACUUUUCUUUUGACCGUAGAUAUGCAGCAGAAGGAGUUGGAAGUUUAACAAAAUAAUUAUAACCAAGUGAUCAGUAAUGCUAUUCCGAAAAUAAUAAUAGAAUUUAAUAAAUAUGAUGUUUCUUAAAUUUUUCGUUUUGCUUACAUUUAUAAACAGUAACUUCCUGUUUCGUGUUUAAUCGAAAUUCAAACGAUUUAUGAAUGCUUCACUUGUCCAGACAAAACUUUCAAUUAAUAUGUAUUAACCCGAGUUCAUAUAAAAAAUGUGAAAAGUUAUCUCAAAGUUAAAAUCAGAAUAUCAUUUCCUGACUUUAGAUGUUUUACAAAGAACAACAGAGAAAUAGUUACUAGUUUUGAAUUACGAUAAAAACAUACAUUUAAUGGUUUAAUUUAAUUCCAUGCGCUAUAAAAAUAGUAUGAAAUUAGUUUUGCUUACUUUAAACCAUAAUACAAAAUAUCAAAAAUUAACAAAAGGUUUCCUUGCUAAUUUUUUAUUCGUUUAAUAUUAAACAUAAACUUCCUGAUUUAAAACUAUGAACAUUUAUAUCAAGUUUAGGUCAAAAUCUUUAUAAUUAAAAACAAAUUCAUAUCUUCCCCUAUUAAAGCAUUUAAAGAGCCCAACCUUGAGUUUAUUUAAACAUACAAUUUAAAAAAUUUAAUAUAAAAUUAUAUAAGCGGCAGGAAAAUUAUAUUAACAACGCACAUAUUCUAAGAGAUUAAAAACAAAAUGAAACCAUAUUACGACAAGACUUGAAAUUAAAA